CCUUAAAUGUCACUUAAGAUGUUUAAUAAACUAAUGGUCGAAAUUCUCCUUAAUAAUAUGGAGGUAUACAUAGAAUAAUUAGAUAAGAAAGAAUCAAAAUAUAAAUAUUUAAAAUAUAUUUACAUAUAUCUAUAAAUCAGUCUCCGAAGUGCAAACGGCACCCCAAGAAUCCAAUGGCUCCAUCUUUCACCCUCCUCGGCCCUCCUGAAAUCCACCGCCCCGACCCCCUGGCGGAAGCCCAACCGGCGGCUCCGGCUACCACCGGAGGCCCCUUCGUCGACCUAAUGGUCGCCAACUUCAACAACCCCCCAAAGGCCCCCCUGAUGGGCCUGACGGAAAACAACUCGCCGACUUUUGUCACCUCCGGUAAUCCCUGCCUCGACUUCUUCUUCCACGUCGUCCCUGACACUCCGCCGGCGACUCUGACCGAGCUACUAGACCUGUCCUGGAACCACGACCCCUUGACUACUCUCAAACUUGUUUGCAACUUGAGAGGGGUCAGAGGCACAGGCAAGUCCGACAAGGAGGGGUUCUACACGGCGGCGUUUUGGCUGCACCAGAACCACCCAAAAACUCUAGCCGGCAAUAUCGGUCCCGUCGCCGAGUUUGGCUACUUCAAGGACUUCCCGAAGAUACUCUAUCGAUUGCUCGAGGGUUCAGACGUCCGGCAAGUCGCGAAGUUCGAGAGGCUAAAGAACAGGAUGUACAAAGGAGGGAGAGCGAAAUGCAGAAGAUUCCCACCGAUCGCUCGCCACGGGAGAAUCAAGAACGAGAAGAAUUUCAACAAAUCGGACGGAAGAUCGAAGUCUGCAGUACCUCGUGAGCAGGAAAUUUUGGCCGGUAUGGCAAGAGUCGAAGCGGAGAAGGCGAAGGCAAGGAGAUUGAGGAACGAUAAGAAAACUGCGAUGGCAAGAAAGGUGGUGGAGAGGUUCAAUCGCGAUCCCGAUUUCCAGUUCUUGUACGAGGCGAUCACCGAUCUGUUCUCCAAUCACCUUAGGUCCGACAUCCAAUUCUUGAACUCCGGCGAAACCAGGAAGAUCAGCCUCGCCGCGAAGUGGUGCCCCUCGCUGGACUCUUCGUUCGACAAAUCGACUCUGCUGUGCGAGAGCAUCGCGAGGAAGGUUUUUCCCCGCGAAUCGCAUCCAGAGUACGAAGGGAUCGAGGACGCGCACUAUGCGUACAGAGUCCGCGACCGCCUGCGGAAGCAAGCCCUCGUUCCCCUCCGCAAAGCCCUUGAUCUGCCGGAAAUAUACAUGAGCGCGAACCAGUGGGGUUCAAUCCCGUACAACAGAGUCUCCUCCGUCGCAAUGAAAAACUACAAGGAACAUUUCUCGAAGCACGAUGCGGAGCGGUUCGCUGAUUAUCUCGAGAAGGUGAAGGCCGGAAAGGCGAAGAUCGCCGCCGGGGCGCUGCUUCCGCACGAGAUCAUAGCGUCGCUGGACGACGGUGACGAUGGAGCAGUUGCAGAGCUUCAAUGGCGGAGAAUCGUGGAAGACUUGUCGAAGAAAGGUAAAUUGAGGAAUUGUCUGGCCAUUUGCGAUGUCUCCGGAAGCAUGUGUGGAAUCCCAAUGGAGGUCUCCGUAGCGCUGGGAAUACUAGUCUCGGAACUAAGCGAGGAACCAUGGAAGGGGAAGUUGAUCACGUUCAGUGAAUGCCCUCAGCUGCACAAGAUCGAAGGCGAUGAUCUGCGGACGAAGAAGUCAUUCGUAAGUACGAUGGAGUGGGGGAUGAACACGAAUUUUCAGAAGGUUUUCGAUCGAAUACUGGAUGUCGCGGUGAACGGGAAGCUGAGGGAAGACCAGAUGAUUAAGAGGGUGUUUGUGUUCAGCGACAUGGAGUUUGAUGAGGCGUCGGCGAACCCAUGGGAAACCGAUUACGAGGCGAUUCGGAGAAAAUUUGAGGAAAGUGGUUACGGAUCGGCGGUGCCGGAGAUAGUAUUUUGGAAUCUGAGGGCGUCGAAAGCGACGCCGGUGCCGAGCCACCAGAAGGGCGUUGCGCUUGUUAGCGGAUUCUCGAAGAAUCUCUUGACUUUGUUCUUGGAGGGAGAUGGGGUGCUGAGUCCGGAGGAGGUCAUGGAGGCUGCCAUCUCCGGCGAUGAGUACAAGAAGCUUGUUGUGCUCGAUUGAUUUGAAGAUGCAAAUCACUGCUCCAGGAAGAAGUCUGUCUAGAAUCUGUAGAUCAAGAAAAAAGCCUAAUCCAGAACUGAGGAAAUCGACCAACUGGUGUUUCUAACCUUACAUGAGACUAGUGUUGUUUCUGGUGGCUUAAAAAGCUUGCGUGGCAGUUGGGUAUGGUCCAUUUUUUGAAGUUAAUUGCUGUAUUUUAUUGUAUCAGUUCACUGCUUCUUUUUUUUUUUUUUUAAUAUAGCUUAUGCACCAUCUAAUCCCACAC